AUGGAGGCUGAAAUUGAUAUGAUCCACAAGAAUGACACUUGGGAUCUAGUGGACAGACCAGAACAAAAGAAAGUCAUUGGUGUCAAGUGGGUUUACAAGGCUAAGUUCAAUACAGAUGGCUCUUUAAAUAAACAUAAGGCUAGGUUUGUGGUGAAAGGGUAUAGCCAACAGUUUGGCAUUGACUUUGAGGAAACUUUUGCUCCAAAACAGUGGAAGGUCCACCAGCUUGAUGUCAAGUCAGCCUUCUUAAAUAGCUUUCUUAAAGAGGAGAUUUAUGUUGAACAGCCUGAUGAAUUUAAAGUUCAAGGAAAGAAGGACAAUGUUUAUAGGCUGAAGAAGGCACUUUAUGCAACUAGACCUGAUCUUAUGCACUCGGUUAGUUUGCUAUCUCGUUUCAUGCAUAGCUGCAACACAUCACAUUUAAAGGCAGCAAAGAGAAUCCUCAGGUAUGUCAAAGGAACCUUGAAGUUUGGAGUGAUGUUCAAGUCAGGGAGUAAGCUAAAGUUAACUGGCUACUCAGACAGUGACUGGGGAGGUUCGAUUGAUGAUAUAAGGAGUACCUCAGACUACCUUUUUUCACUUGGUUCGGGAGCUUUUUGUUUGAGCUCUAAAAAACAACAAACUGUUGCUCAAUCAACUACUGAGGCAGAGUACAUAGCAGCAGCUGGAGUAGUAAUUCCAUCUCGGCUAUUUACUCUGCAAUCUCUUCCACUCUUGGACCUCCGUUAUAACAAACUAGUUGGUCCGAUUGAUCAAAUUCAGAAGCCUAGUUCCAUCCAAGAGGUUGAUUUGAGUUAUAAUAACAUUGGUGGUCCAAUACCAAAUUCCAUUUUUAAUCUUUUGAACCUUACUAGGCUUGAUUUGUCAUCAAACAACUUGAGUGGUCCAAUACCAGGUUCCAUUUUUGAUCUUGUGAACCUUUGUUCACUUUAUUUGUCACCCAACAAUUUGAGUGGUGUGAUCAACGUAAGGCAGUUCCCGAAUUUCUUUCAAACAUCGAAGUUGUGGGUUUUAGAUCUUUCCAAUAACAUGAUUUCUGGUGGAAUUUCUAAAUGGGAAGCUGAAGGGUGGGAAGGAUUGUUAUCCUUGAACCUUUCUCAUAACAUUUUGACAACUUUGGAGCAAUUUCCGGAAAAUAAUUUGAGAUUUCUCAACCUUCAUUCCAACUUGCUUCAAGUAUCAAUUCUCUCAACUUGCUUGAAUCCUCAAAUUCCAAUUUCAAAGGAGUUGUCAAUGAUCAUCAUUUCAAAGAAUAAAUUCACAGCAAACAUCCCUUCUUCUAUUUGCAAUUUGAGUCGGCUUAAUGUUCUGGACUUGCCCGAAAACAACGUGAGUGGAACUAUUCCUGAUUGUCUUGGGAACAACAAGUUAACGGAUAGGUUUCCCCGUUGGUUAGAUUCGAUUCUAAGUCUGCAAGUUCUUAUCUUGAGAUUUAAUAGAUUUUAUGGAUCUCUACCUCAUUCCAUUGCUUCUUCUAGCUUCUCUACAUUGCGAAUAAUUGAUCUCUCUGGAAAUAAGUUCACGGGCACAUUGUCCACGAAACUCUUACAAAAUUUGGGAGCAAUGAAAGAUAAACCUAAAGACUUGUUAUACUCGCAUUUCCUUGGUAUUAAUAAUGACAUUCCUGUGAAUGUGACAACGGAAAGAUUGGAGAUGGAAUUGACAAAGAUCUUAGAUAUUUUCGUAUCUAUGGACUUGUCAAACAACCAAUUCUGUGGAAAAAUUCCCAAGGACGUCGGGCAAUUUAUUUCCUUGCAAAUGCUCAACUUCUCUCACAACAACUUUUCGGAUCCUAUCUCAACAUCGUUUGGAAAUUUGGUAGCACUUGAAUCAUUGGAUCUUUCAUCAAACAAGCUCAGUGGCAGGAUUCCUUCUCAAAUGAUGAAGCUGACAUUUCUUGAAGUAUUGGAUCUUUCAAACAACAAUUUUAUUGGACAAAUUCCUCAUGGGAAUCAAUUCGAUACGUUUGAUAAUGAUUCCUAUAGUGGUAACUUGGGAUUGUGUGGGUUACCAUUGUCCAAGCAAUGCGUCGACCAUGGGAAUGCUGAACUAAGUCUACCAUUGGUGGUGGAACAUGAAGGUUCUGAAAUACCCUUCUUUUGGCAAGUUGUAAUGAUGGGGUAUGAAAGCGGAGUGGUGCUAGGAUUGAGCCUAGGUUACAUUGUGUUCACAACUGAAAGACCAUGGUGGUUUGUUAGAAAGGUGGAGAGACAGGCAAUACAAUUUCAUAAGAAACUAGCUCUGCAUCCAACAUCUUGA